CAAGUCUCUCCCUGUCUCGCUCUCUCUCUCUUGCCUUUCUCGUCUUAUCACAAACAUACAUCCAGACCCCCGACAGGCGCCUCGCCGCGUAUAUUCUCGUGUCUUACUCAUGUUGUAGGUAUAAAGCAUCCAACCUCACCCCUCUCUCACCAAGGUAAUUCGUUCCAUCUCUAUCUUUGUCCUCGUGCUCUUCUCUCUGCCCAUAUCUUCUUGCCGUGUAUAAUUGGAUCCUCACUGCCUUCACCAUGUCCACCACAACUACCACCACCACCCUCACCCAAGUCCUCUCCUCUGACCCCCCGGCUUCCGAGCCUCAGUACUAUGGAAAGCUGCGCUACAUCCCUCAGGGCCAGACACCCACUCCGUCUCCUCACAACUUCCAUCUCCCUGCCAUGGCCGAGUUCGGUGACGUCCGGCUCCAACCUCUCAUCGACAUGCGCCCGGUCCCCACCAUCGCCGAACUGCCCAAGGCAAAAGAAGGCGCCGCCCAGCUCGACACCCACGGCUUCACCGCCAUCCGUCACCCAACCACCAUGAACGCUGCCCCUUACACCCGCGCGAGCUGGAAUGACCCCAACCUGCUCAAGCAACUCUACGUGCCCGAGACGGAGGAGAUGGUCAAACAAGUCACGGGCGCGAAGACCGUCAUCACCGAGGCUCUGCUGCUCCGCAGCGCCAUCUGGUCCGAAGCAGAUGCUCUCGCCACACACGCCGGCCAUGGGGACCAAAAGGAAGAACAGCUGCCGCAAGAGAAGUCUCAGGAAGAGAAGGAUCUCGAGCUUGGGUUCCCCCAGUUCAUCGGUUUCUCCAAGCAACACGGCGGCGCCAGUCCCGCCCCGAAGGUCCACCUGGACUACGCACCCAACGGGGCGCGGACGCAUCUGAGGAAGUACCACCCCACCAUGACGGCCACCGCGCAGCCCAUCAUCGACGCCGAGGAGAAGCUGCUCGCGCAGGGCAAGUCGCUGAGAGAAGACUACGCCGAGUCCGGCCUCGGCCCUCGCUGGGCGCUGUACUCGAUCUGGCGGCCCUUGAAGCGCGUGCGCCGUGACCCCCUCGCCCUGGGCGACGCGCGCACCUUCCUCGAGAGCGACUACGUCCCCGUGAUUGUGAAGACGCCCAACCUCGGCAUCUCCCCCGACUCGAAGGACACUCACGACACCGAGUCGUACCUCGCGCGCUGGUCCUCGGGCCAGAAGUGGUACUUUAUCAGCCAGCAGGAGCCCGAGGAGGUGUUGGUCAUCGGCCUCUUUGACAGCAAUCGCGACAAGGAGACCGUCGCCGCCGGCGGCACCUUGCACUCCAGCGUGGAUCUGCCGGGGACCGAGGAUGAAGAGCCCAGGGAGAGUUUGGAGCUCCGAUGUUUGGCUAUCUGGUAAAGGCAUGCGGUAAGGUAUGGAAGUGGACGGGUUGGUAUAUAUAU